AGAGUUUGUAGCCCGAGCUGUCCGCACGAGACACCCACACAGAAAAUGCAAGAGCAUGUUAGAAGCUUUCUCAAUGUGUCCGUUCAUCGACAGCUGCAACAUUAUCACACGCAGAUGGAGCAUCAGAGGCGCUCAUCGGGAGGGCUUCUGCUGAAAAUCAACGGGACACAGCUCCAAUCUGCAGUAGCAAAGCAACGCAAGCGUCGACGUGCGGAAAGCAACACGGACGCCGGCCUGCACGGUGACGCUGCACGCGAUGGCGACGACGAUGAGAACCGUGACUGGCCAACGGUGGUGCUGGCAGCCUUCGAGGCGGUUCUCUGCGGCUUGGAGAACCAACAGGACUCCGCACGCAGCUCCAAUACCGCUACAGAACAAACCCCUUUCCCCCUCUCUGCGCUGAAGUCGCUCAGCGGGAUUGAGCUGCGUCACUGCGAAUUGCAGGCGCGGCACAUCGACGCCGAUGCAGAGGCCGCCGCGUCCUUGACGCCCAUCUUGCUGUCGCCGAGUCGGUUGUGGAGCCGUCCCGUGGCGCCCAGCUCACCUGCUCCGCUGGGCAACUCCCUGACGACGCUGGACCUGGAGUGUAACCUCCUCGGCGACGACGGGGUAGAGCGCCUGUGCGCGCAUCUACUCCCUCGCCUCCCGCACCUUCAACGUCUUCUGCUCGCUUCCAAUCGAAUUACUACCGCCGGCUUUCUUGCUCUUCUUCGUGCCGUCUCCCUAUCAACACCAUCCCAUCCCGCUCUCGCAUUGGAGGUCUUAGGGCUGACGAAUAACGCAGUGGGUGGCGCGCGUGAAGACGACAACAACGGGGUUAAGGAUGGCGAUAAGGACGUGUUCGCCGCCUGGUCCGCGGCCGUGCAGGCGUUUGCGCGUUGCACCGCACAGACACUCCGCCGCGUUCAUUUGAACCACGCCUCGUUGACCACGAGAGAAGCAGCAGUGUUGAUCGACACAAUUCUCCAGCACACAUGCGCUGAGGGAGACGUGGCCGUGUUUGAGUUUCUCUAUCUCCGCGAAAACAAGCGAGUCUCAAAGGAGGAAGUCAUGCAGCGGCUGCACGAAAUGACAAGAGAUGCAAAGAUACUCCAUGAAUUUAUCGAGAAGCGCGUCUCGUGGUGA